GGAAACUGCUUAACAGAAAGAAAGGCUGCGUUUCUCAAAAAUGUGAAUCCAUACAAAAAUUUCUCUGAAGUUGAAAAAAUUAUAAAUUAUUUUAAAGAGAGAAAUAUUUACACUGAGGAGUGCAUUAAUUCGAACCAUUUGACAAUCUAACAGAGUUCUUGAGGGAAAACAAUUUGGAGGCAAAAUAAAAGCAAACAGAAGUUGAAGAUAUUUCUUCUAUGCACAGAAGUGCCUUAAGCCUUUCUGGCUGUCAUAAUCCUGCCUGGUUUUGUUCACAAAGAAGACAGUAAAUCACGCAUCAUCACAUCGACAUUUUACUGUCAGUACCCAGUGGAGAGGCAGAAAAGGAACUGAGUAAUGAUAUCCAUAUGCAUGACCAAAGAUCACAUGAGAAUUUGGUUUAUUAUUAGAUCAGCACCUAUGUAUUUCAAUUUCUUUGUUCUUCAUAUGUAUUUCAGCAUUUAUUUUUACCUAAUCCAUGAAAAAAGUGCAACCCUUUCUUGAAACUAAAUGAGACUGCUCUAGAAUGUGCUGCUUGUAAGCACUUGUGGAGUUCUAGGAAUCUGUAGUAUGGCAAUUAAGCAAACCUAAGGUAUUGUAAAUACUUACAUUGUAAAUGCUGAACAGUAAGUAUACUGAAUAUUAAACUAUAUUGUAAUUCUUCCCAAUUAUCACCAGGUGGCAACAUCAGAACCGUAAAAGUCUCAUUUUCCUGAAGUAGAGGACUUUCAGAUAGAAGGAAGUGAUGUGUCCCUGGUUGCGGUCAGUUCAGGAAACAGUAAGAUUACAUUGUCCGGCAAGGUUCAGGUUUCUGUCCAACUUUGUCAGUUGUGUACAGAGUUACAGCUACUACUGAAGAUAUUAAUUGGUUUCCCUUUAACUUGUAUAAUUUAAUCUGGUCGUUUUUGUCUUUUUUUUUUUUUUCUUUUAAGAGCUUGAAUUGUAGAGAAUUCAUGAUGAAGAGCCUUUUUUUGUCUUUCUUACUAGGCUCUAUUCUGUUUAUGAACAACUUUUCAGAAGUGCAAGGAAGAAAAUGGAAAGGUGAAGGUACAACACAAAACCUGGAAAGCAUAAGCAUUGGAAGGUGUUAUGACUAUAUUAGAGUUGUGAAUCCUGCUGUUGGUGAGAAGAACUGUUCGGAGUUAUGGGAAGCCUUUAGAAAUGCUUUUAUUAACAAGGAUCCUUGCAACAUUCUACCUCAAGACUUUGAAUUAUUUUUCAAACUGUCAUUGCAUGCAAUUCCUGCUGGCAAGUCUCUCUUCUGGGAAAAUAAUCAGCUGCUAGUCAACAGCUUUUCAGACAGAGCUCGUCGCUACAUGACUCUUGGUGAUACUCUGUUUGGCUUCUUUGGAGAUUUUCUAAACUGGUGUGGGCAGGAAAACAGCACUGGACUGGACUAUGAAUCCUGCCCUACUGCAGCAGAAUGUGAAAACAAUGCAGUGGAUGCUUUCUGGAGGAUGGCUUCGAUGACUUAUGCACAACACAGUUCUGGGGUGAUACAUGUCUUGUUGAAUGGUUCGGCAGAAGGAGGAGCUUAUCCAAUCAAAGGUUUUUUUGCAGAUUAUGAAAUCCCUUAUCUCCAGAGAGACAAGAUCUCGCAAAUAGACAUCUGGGUUGUGGAUGAUAUUGAAGGACCAAAUAUAGAUUCCUGUGGAUAUAAUACUGUACAGAUAUUAGAAGACAGGCUGAAAGACCUUGGUUAUGAUGUCACCUGCACUGACAAUUACAAGCCCGUAAUGUUCUUACUCUGCUUGGACAGUCCUGACCAUUCCAAGUGUACCCUUUCAUCAUCUGCACCAGCAGCACAAAGAAGACCUAUAUCUUCAGCCAGAGGAAGCAGCUGGAACAAGCUCAUGUUUGUUUCUUUUGUAGGCUUUUUGUUUAGAUCUGCUUUAGUGCACUAAGUGAAUAGACUGAAUCCAAAUCCUCUCUUGACUUGGCUGACUUUAAUUAAUUUCUAACCACAAUUUCACCCAAGUUCUGGGACUGGCAAACAUGCAUGUUAAAAUCCUGCAUACUUCUACCCAGAUUUCAACUACUAAUAGUACAAAAAAAUUCUACUGCUGCUAGAAAGCCUCACCUAUCUUUUCCUUUUUUUGUACAGAAGAACUCCUUUACUAUCUCCUAUUAUCCAAAUUCUCUAGAAUGAAACUGAGAAUAAUGCUUUCUCUCUAUUCAUGUAUUUCAGAAAGGAAAACAAAACAAUGCCCCGUAGGAGGGUAAAUGGGAGCAGGAAAUAGGAUUUCAAAUGGGAGAACUUACGAUAACUUACCUGACAGAAAACAUAAUAGGUGAGAUAGUGGGAAAAAUUAAACUCAUUUUCCUUAGUAGUGUUUGAACCAAACUUAACUGAAACUAUUAUAUGGAUGUAAUAGUUACAGGAUAUGCAAGGCACACAUUCUUACAUGCUGUAUUAUACUCUCAAAUGCUUCCAGUUGAAAGUAUCCACACAGCUGUUCCUCAGCUGGCUAUUUCCUGGCCACAGCGUAACAGCAAUAUGGCCAGCAUCACCAGGUCUAGAAGGCUCCACAUGUCAUCUGCCAUGAUGUGAGGGAGUAGAUUUAUAACAUUUCAAAUUCAGACAAGAAUCUACCUUUGUUCAGUGGACUUAUGUCAAGACUAACAUACUCAGAAACAUCUUGCACUGUUUUCUCAUUUCUAAUAUUCUUGCACUCUUUCCCACUACAUCAACUCAGCAGCAAAGACAGCAGUUAUUUAUUUCCAAUAUCUUUUGAAUAAAGUGCCUUAAACGUGUUGGAAAAGCUUGGGAACAUCUGUAGAGAUUUUUAGCAAACCAGCAAAUAUGGCUGGAAAAGAAGGCAAAGUUUUAGAUGCAUAGGCUUCCUCAGAUCUUAAACACAGCAAAUUUCAAGCUGAGUAUGGAUCUCUUCUUCUGAGUUAAAUGUAAUUGUUUUAAUUAAUGUGAAAGAACAGUGUAGCCAGCAUCUCUGAAGCAGCAGGGCAGGAAUGUUAGCAAAUCAAGAAACAAUGAGGUCAUUUGUUACUCUCUGGGGAAGGGAGAGAUGUUAGCAAAAAAUUGCAAGCAAGAAAAUCCCUUAUCUCUCAUCUAUUUCUACAGCUACACACUAGGUGCAUAGUGCUUAAGACUUGGUAAAUGCUCUGACUAACAAUGCCUCAUAUAAAAGCUGUGGCACAUUCUGAGAAAUC